GAACGCGGAGAGCGAACAGCUGACUGGAGGAAACAGCCUCGCGCGCGGAAAGGCGGAAGUGAAAGUAAAAGUCGAGGGUUUUUCCUUCAUGAGGCUGACUUUUGGCGUUUCGGGAGGGGGACGUUUUGGCGUGUUCGGGAAGCCAUGAGCGACCUUCGGUUCAACGCCCUCCUCCUGUACAUCUCCGACCAGCUGACCGCCGACCAGCUGGUCAAGCUCAAGUUCCUGGUGGGGGACGUGGUCGGGAAACGGGAGCAGGAAAAGGUCCAGACCGGGCACCGGCUGUUCCAGCUCCUGUCGGAGAGGGGCCGGCUCUCGGCCGGGAACACGGCCUACCUGGCCGACCUGCUCCGGCAAGUUCAGCGACACGACCUCGCGGAGAAAUUGGAGGCCGGCGACAGCCGGGCCGAGCCCGUCCAAGAUGAGCUGGACGACGCGGAGAAAGCUAAACUGGACAUCGCCACGGAGGUGAUUGCCGAAAACCUGGGAAAGAGCUGGCGCAAACUGGGCCGCAAGCUGCGUCUGGGCGGGGUCAAGCUCGAGUCCAUCGCCAACAGACACCCCACCGACCUGGAGGAGACGGCGGUGGAGCUGCUGAAGGAGUGGAGGAAAAGCCAGGGGGCCGGGGCCCGAACGGACGAGCUGAUAAGAGCUUUGAGGGACUGCCAGUUCAACCUGACCGCCGAUAAGGUGGAGGAAGCCCUGCACAGCCAGGGCCUCUGACAGAGACUCCCAGAUUACACUGCCUUACACAAUGCCAUGGCAUUAAAACAAUGAAAACUACGAUUGUUGUUCACGGCUGCAUGCCGAUGCAGAAAAUUAUUUUUGUGCAGAUGAUGAAUGAAUGUGUCAAUAAACUAUCACCUUGAUCCACGCUUCCAUC